AUGUUAAAACACCAUCUCGAAGACAUUCAACGCGCGACCUCUAAAUCUCUCGAUCUCGACAAUCUACAGAAUGCAGCUAUGUCUGUUCAACAGGUGUUCAAUACAUACUAUGCCCGUGCGCGGGAUGUCAGCGACAACAUCAAGUAUCAAAGACGGGAUCCAGAGAAAGAGCUCCGCCUUUUCGCCUCAGGCCUGUACCAGAAUGCUCUCAAACAAUACAACGAUAUCUUUACGCCUGCAGUGCUUCAGUCGCUAGAUUCAGUCGGCAUUCCUACCGUGGCCGUACAGCAAGCUCUUGGCCAACGGUCCGGAUUCUUGGAUGAAGGAGAUUCGAAUUAUAUGCGCCGUUACACGUUCUGCGCCUUCAAAGCCGAUGGCCAUAUUAUGAUCUUCGAAAGCGCGGGAAAGGAUGAAAAGGGCAGGAGAUUUGCACUUGAUGGAGAGUGCAUGGCCAUCGACGAGGAAUCCCCACCGGUGACAUUUACAGAGAGGAGCGAAGAUGGUCCUAUACGCCUAUUCGACGGCCGGCCGGAUGCCUUGACUGGUAUUCUGUCGGGAACACGGCAUAUUGAGGACACGGAAUACGCGUCAAGCCGCAAGUUUCAUCUGAAGCGACUAGGUGCCAGCACAGUUCAUCGCCGCUCAGCUCUUUUGGAAGUCGAAGACACUAAGACAAGAUGGCACAUCGCUUGUGAUGCUAUCUUGAUUCAAAGGAGGAGGAAGUUCUCUUGGAUUUAUUUCUGCGCACGUGCCGAAACACGGAAACGAUUGAUUUACCUGCGUAUGCGCCUUCAAUGUGGCGACGACGCGGUCAAGGCAGAUAUUGAGCGCAUUGAGCGUUUCCUCGAGCCUCAAGAUCAGAUCUUCUACCAGUCGCUGUUUAAUGAAGCAUGGGACCUUGCUCCAGAUCACUCUACUCGCUCUCGAAGGCAAACCCGAGUCUUCGGUCGUCUCAAUGUCUUCUGGCUCCUCGAACGGAUUUCGGACUCGCGUGAGGGCCCUCCUAGCGGAUUCUUCGAUCAUCAACUGCAAAGGCUCCUCAAAGAGAAUAGACUACAAUCGAAGGAGGCCAUGCGAAGAUAG